AUGUCGAGUAUCGGUAGAGUCUCGGAAUUUAAUCCCCACGAAGAGGACAUCAGUUCGUAUUUAUUACGACUCAAGCAUUACUUCAAGGCCAACGAUGUCAAGUCGACGAAUCAUGUCUCCAUCUUGAUAACAGUGAUUGGGCCUAAGAUUUUGGCUGUGUUAAUGGACUUAAUAUCCCCUAAGAAGAUUGACGAUGAAACAUACGAAAGCCUAAGUAAAACAUUGGAAGAACAUUUUGCUCCUAAAAGGCUCGUUGUUGCGGAACGAUAUACGUUUUAUAGUCGUUGUCAAAAACCGGCAGAGUCAAUAGCGGAAUUUAUGGUCGCUAUCAAACAUUUAGCCAGUACUUGUAAUUUCGGUACAUUCUUAAAUGAUGCUUUGAGGGACAAACUAAUAUCAGGCAUUAGUAAUGAUGGAAUAAGGCAAAAGUUGCUUUCCGAAGAAUUAGAUUUGAGCAAAACUUUUGCUCAAGCGCUCAUGCUAGAACAGGCUGAAAGCGCAACCGCUACUGGUAGUCAUGAACCCAAGCCUAAUGAGGCAGCCAAAGAUGGGGUUUUACCUAACCUAACCGGAAAGGUUUCUAUAGAACCUAAUGAGGUUAAGGCAUUAAAACAAAAAUAUGUCUCUGUAUUUAGAGGUGGUCCGGGGGAGAUCAAAGAUGUUGAGGCUAGGAUAGUCUUAAAAGAAAACUCUAUCCCUAAGUUUUGUAAAUAUAGACCUGUUCCGUACGCCUUGCGUACUUCUGUUGAACAAGAGAUUGAUCGGAUGAUAUCCGAAGGUAUUGCCUACCCUGUUACAAGCUCACAGUGGGCUACCCCAAUAGUAGUUAUACAAAAGAAACAAGGUGUCCGCUUGUGCGGGGACUUUAAAGUUACUCUGAACCAGGUUAUACAGUCAGAACAUUAUCCGUUGCCGCAGCCCGAAGAUAUAUUUGCCUCGUUAGCAGGCUGUAAAUGUUUUUCUGUGUUGGAUUUGGAGGCGGCGUACCUCCAGCUUGCUGUUGCAGAGGAGUCUCAGGAACUUCUGACAUUGGCGACACAUAAAGGUCUCGUGCGGCUACGUCGCUUACCAUAUGGCUUGUCGUCAGCCCCGGCCCUCUUCCAGGCGGCGAUGGACAAGAUAAUUGGAGGACUCCCAGGUACAGUGGCGUACCUGGAUGAUGUGUUGGUUGGUGGAUCAUCCCGAGAGGAGGCUCUAACAAGAUUGGAACAUGUUCUGCAGCGACUUCAAGGCUAUGGAGUUAAGAAAGGACGAACCUUGGGUAUGGUCUAA